UUUAAUUCCAGUGAUUAACAAAACCUAUUAAGGCCAAUACGUAAAAAUGGAGAUUGAAAUAGUUAAUGCAAAAACCCUAAAGCCCUAUGGAAAAAUGUCUGUUUCUGCUGAAACAGAUAUGUCCUACUUGCGGCAACUUAUUCACAACAAAUUCAAGCAAACCCCCUCGGCUGAUAGACAAUCGUUGCGUUUGGAACCCAAGGGCAAGGCAGUCAAAGACACUGAGACUUUGAGAACCCUUAAAGUUCAAGCCGGUGAUAAGGUGUACGUAAAGGAUUUGGGACCACAAAUUGGUUGGAAAACGGUGUUUUUGGCCGAAUAUGCUGGCCCUCUAAUAGUAUAUUUGAUUUUCUAUACACGUCCCGAAUUGGUUUAUGGUAAAAACGCAACAGAGCCAAUUUCUCUAACCACCCAUAUUGCUGCUAUUUGCUACACAGUCCAUUAUGUGAAGCGAUUAUUGGAAACCAUCUUCGUUCAUCGAUUCUCUCACUCCACUAUGCCCUUGCGUAACCUGUUCAAAAAUUGCUCAUACUAUUGGGGAUUUACCGCAUAUGUUUCGUAUCACGUCAAUCAUCCAUUUUUCACAUCUCCCUGUAUGUUGCAAGUUUGGGCCGCUCUGGCUUUGUUUGCGUUCUGUGAAUUGGGCAACUUUUCCGUUCACAUUGCUUUGCGUAACUUGAGACCACCAGGCACAAAGGUGCGUAAGAUUCCCGUUCCCGAUGGCAAUCCAUUAACAAAUUUGUUCCACUUGGUUUCUUGCCCCAACUACACCUAUGAAAUUGGUGCUUGGAUUUCAUUCUCCAUUAUGACAUCGUGUUUGCCCGCUCUCUUGUUCGCCUUUGCCGGCGCCUUCCAAAUGACCGUUUGGGCCUUGGGUAAACAUCGCAACUACAGAAAAGAAUUCAAAGAUUAUCCCAAACAAAGACGUGCAAUUUUCCCCUUCAUUUUGUAAAUUAAUUUC